AUGCGCACCGAGAGAAAAACAGGUACUGCAUAGAUUGAUACAGUGCUGCUCUUCUAGCAUUAGCGUGGAUCAUUUUGUGCCGUGGAGUUGUUAUUCCCACUCCUGACUUUGUCGUUGCGAAGAUGCACGAGAAAGAAUCGUGCGGAAAACUAUUGCAGAGCGCUGAUAUCUUCUUUUUGGACUGCUGAUCUGCCAGGGCCAAUGCGAUCGACACAAGAAGACAAUCCAAUUGGAAGCGUUCUUACAUGCGAAGUAACACUCUCUGCGAAGUUGGCAAUGCAUGGAAGGCAUUUUUGUACUGUUGUACAGUACUAGCCCAUCUGAUUAUUCACAAAUCCGCGAUGCACAGACGACAAGGCUCGCGUGGGCCUCUCGGGCCACAUUUGUAAAAUAAAUGAAGAAACCAAGAAAAAACACUUGUACAGGUAAUCAUGACUCGCCGUGUUUCUCGACCAGGACUAACGCAAUCGACAGACGAAGCUUAUCGAAGUACAGUAGAAACAUCCUACUUUGCGAAGUUGGCAACGACUGGAAGGUAUAAUUUUUGUACUCUUGUUGGCUAGAAGCAGAAGGCUUUGCAUAUAAAAUUGUCAAAACAAGAACUGCGUACUUACCGUGGUAUGUUGUCAAUGUGCAAUACAGAUGAAACUAGGGACGACCAGCACACUGGGGCUUUUGUGGUGCAUGAACAAACUGAAGCGACUUUAUAUAAAACACCGUCACAGGUAACGUCUCACGGGGCCUGUUUUACUCUGCUCCUGCUACCAUCAACAGCGUAAGAAGCUUCUGGAGAAGAAGUCAGGCAGGUUCAGGUAUUGUGCCGUGAGUCUGGUCGUCAAGCAGGAUUAGGAAUAAAUAAGGGACACACGACAAUUCUUAUACGCAGCUCUAGUUUAAUAUUCCCUACACUGCACGAGGAGGAUUAAGAUGAAUCAGCCAGGAUAUAGUAGUGCGCGAAAUUUUGUUUUUGUUGGACGUGGACCUGUGCGACGCGACUUCUUUUAAGUUUUUCCCGGGGAAGAUCAU